GACGACCUCUUCGCUGAGGAAUCAUCGACAACACUCUUUAAUACCUCUUCGACAUCGACGUAACAUUAAUACAAGAUGUCUGAGCGUAAAGUACUCAACAAGUACUACCCCCCAGACUUCGACCCGGCGAAGAUCCCCCGGCGAAAAGGUGGACGGCCAACACAGCAGGUCGUGCGUCUCAUGACGCCCUUCUCGAUGCGCUGCAACACGUGUGGGGAGUAUAUCUACAAGGGGAAGAAGUUCAACGCACGGAAGGAGACUGUUGAAGGGGAAGACUAUUAUGGGAUCAAGAUCUUCCGGUUUUAUAUCAAGUGCACGCUGUGCAGUGCGGAGAUUACGUUCAAGACUGAUCCCAAGAACACGGAUUAUACGGCGGAACAUGGGGCGAGCAGAAACUUCGAGCCCUGGAGAGAGGAGAAGGCGAUCGAAGAGGAGGAUAGGCUGGCGAAGCUCGAGGAGGAGGAGAACAACCCUAUGAAGGCUCUUGAGAACCGGACGCUCGACUCGAAGCGCGAGAUGGAUAUCCUCGAUGCGCUCGGUGAUAUUCGCGCACGGAACGCGAGGAACGAGAGGGUCAGUGCGAGGGAGGUGGAGGAUAUCCUUGAGCGGGCAAUAGAGGAGAGGGUGGAUGUAGAGGAUCUGAAGCGCAAGCGGGAUGAGGAGGAAGAUGAGGAACUCGUUCGGCAGGUGUUUGCCAAGGUGCCUGCUCCUCCGCCUGGCUUGCCCAUCGCUGGUCCAUCUACCUCGACACCGGAAGGCUCCAGCAGCGCAUCCAGCUCAAAUGAACCAGCGACACCAUCAACCAUCACCGUCAAGCGGAAAGCGGACGGCGCGCAGCCCGACCUCAAAGACCUCCUGUCCGAAUCCACACGGGCGACACUCUCGAAAGCGGAGGUUGUGAUGCCGCCUCCCGCGAAGAAGCGAAAAGAUAUGGCAGCGAGCCUUGGGAUCAAGGUUGGUCCAAAGAACAAGGCUGGUGCGCUGGGUAUCAAGGUUGCGCCGAAGGCAAAGGCGUUAGUAUGAGGCUUUGCUUGACCAGUUUCUCUUUUGUAUUGCACACAUUGUACACUAUGUACACAAUCAUAC